GUUUUAUUCCUCCCGUUCUGUUCAUAGACUUGUAUUCACAAAAUGAAGAACAAUUUAGCUGAAAUGCAGCGUUGGUAUGAAGGCUGGGUGCAAAACGGCGGAGACUCCAGGCAGAUACCGGCCAGUGUGAAAACUGGCAGGUUCACACCGGUAUCCAAGGAGCUGCUUGAUCUGCGCAAGCCCAUGGACCAGAGCGGCGGCAGCAGCAACAGCAACGGGAAGAAGCCGUUGGCACCGGCUCCUGUUAGUCAGCAGGCUGCGAUUACUAGCAGCCAGCAGACUGUUGCUGCCAACAGCCGACCAGUUCAUCACGCCCAGCCUGCCUAUAGUCUGAUUGACAUUGAUGACGACGACGACGACUUUCAAGAUGAUUGGCGAAGUACGCGGAGCCGACAGCCGAACCGGGCAGCUCCACAGCCACCAGCUGCUCUAAAAAGCGGGCCACAGAUGGAUGUGGAUGACGAUGUAGACUUUGCGAUCAUUGACAACGAUGAAGAAGAGGCGCUGCGGGAAAUGGAGAUGGAGAUGGAGAUGGGAGGCGCGCACAAUUCUGUGCAGCCGCGGUCAAAAAAGUCUGCACCGGAGCCUGAGGUUGUGGAUAUUCCGGAUGACUCACUGAAUGUGUACGAUUUGGAUGACUGGGACGAUAUUUUGAUUAUGGACGACGACGACGAUCAUGGCCAGCCGGUAGUGCAGCAGACACUGCCUCCAAGAGUGGCGGCACAGGCAAGCACCGUAUCUAGCAUAUCGAAUAUGGCCACUGACACUAUCGAUCUAGUCUCGGACAUCGACGAUGACCUGCUGUUUGCUGAUAUAGAGGAUACACCUCGGAAGCCACCGGUUCCGCCACCGCAGCAGAGCCAGCCGGAGAGUGGUACGAAGAGAUCGCGUGUAUCUGGCGGCAGCUCGGUUGACUUGUGGUCUGGCCAGAGCAGAGCCAAGCGAGUCAGUACUGGCAAUGGAGUUUUUUCAGGAGAAUCAGAAUAUGAAACGGCAGCCAGUGCCGAUGAGCUCGAGCUGAUUGACAACGCGACGCUGCUUCAGAUGGUCGAUGAUGCGACUCGGGAAAGUCCUCAUGGGAGUUCGAUACAUAACAACCAGCAGACAUCGUCGCUUAGUCCUACCAUGGCACGAGCACAGAUACAGUCGUCGCCAAUGGUGGCAGCACCAGCAGUGUCGAUCAGCUCCGAUCCCAAUGUAAGCGAGCGGCUGGCGUACUUGGCGAAGGAGAAGGCGCGGAUCAGCGACCGGAUCUGUGACCUCGAGUUUGACGAUGAGAUUCGGAAUGACAACGAGAUUUCGCUGCUGAAACAACAUCGCACAGAUAUCAUGAAUGAGAUGAAGCAGCUGAAGAGCCAAGGUGCUGUCAGUCUGCCAGUGCCAGUACCAGUACCAGUACCAGUACCCGGCAUUAGCAGCUACAAUAGCAGUUGUAAUGGUGGAUUUGGGGCUACCAACGGAUAUACCAGCGUCACAAUGAGCUCGGCACCGGUGGCAACCAGCAUUGCGAGCCAGCGGGCGUAUGAACCGCUAGCGCCAUCAUCGUCAGCCCUGAUCAAGCCGUCGGAUCCGGAGCCGAACCAGCAGGAGAUCACGUAUCCGUGGACAGGCGACGUGUACAAGGCGCUGCGGCAGGUGUUCAAGAUGAAGGAGUUCCGGUCGCGGCAGCUGGAGGCGAUCAACGCGACGCUGUCGGGCAAGGAUGUGUUUGUGCUGAUGCCGACUGGUGGUGGCAAGAGUCUGUGUUUCCAGCUGCCGGCGAUAGUGCUGAAGGGCAACACCCGCGGUGUGACGAUUGUUGUGUCGCCGCUGCUGUCGCUGAUGCAGGACCAGGUGGAGCACCUGAUCGCCUGGGGGAUUCCGGCGCUGUCGCUGAGCGGGACGCUGACAGCAGAGCGGCGCAGCAGCGUGUUCCGUGAGCUGGAGGCGGCAGAGCCGCGGCUCCGGCUGCUGUACGUGACACCGGAGAUGCUGGGGAAAAGUGGGCAGGCGCAGGCAGCGAUCGACAAGCUGUACCAGCGACGGCAGCUGGCGCGGUUUGUGGUGGACGAGGCGCACUGCCUGUCACAGUGGGGACACGAUUUCCGACCAGAUUAUAAGCACCUGGGGGAGUAUCACCGCAAGUACCCGGACGUGCCGUUCAUGGCGCUGACGGCGACAGCGAACGCCAAAGUGCGACUGGACAUUGUGACGCACCUGCACAUGGAAGGGUGCCUGACAACAACGUCGUCAUUCAACCGUCCGAAUCUGUUCUACGAGAUCCGGCCCAAGACCGCGUCAACCAAGGACGACAUCCAUGCGCUGAUAGCGGCGCGGCACGCGGGGGAGUCGGGGAUCAUUUACUGCACGAGCAAGAAAAGCUGCGAGAUGAUGGCGCAGGACCUGCGAUCACGGUACGGGGUCAGCGCAGAGCACUACCAUGCGGGACUGGAGAAGGAGGACCGGAUACGGGUGCAGCGGGCGUGGCAGCGCAAUGAAUUGCAGGUGAUCGUGGCGACUGUUGCGUUCGGGAUGGGGAUAGACAAGCCAGACGUGCGGUUCGUGAUCCAUCACUCUCUGCCGACGUCGCUGGAGGGAUACUACCAGGAGACGGGGCGGGCGGGACGCGAUGGCAAGCCGGCAGUGUGUGUUCUGUUCUACUCGUACCGCGACAAGGCAUCGCUGGACUUUAUGAUUGACCGUGGAGACGGCGACUGGGAGCUGAAGGAGCGGCAGCGGCAGCAGGUGCGGCAAGUGGUGCAGUUCUGCGAGAACGUGGCGGACUGCCGGCGACAGCUGGUGCUGGCGUAUUUUGGCGAGCAGUUCGACACCGAUCGGUGCGCAGGCACGUGUGACAACUGCCGAGGGCGGCACGACAAGCAGCUGGAGCAGGCAGACAUGACGGCAGAGGCAGGCGCUCUGGUGCAGUCGGUUCAGCGCGUGGGGCAGGGCGGUACCAAGAUGACGCUGCUGCAGCUGGCCGAUAUCUUUAAGGGAUCAAAGGCACGGCAGUUGGUCAGCAAGGGCUUUGACCAGCUGCCAGCGUACAACCGUGGACACACGCUGACCAAGUCUGAUGCAGAGCGGGUGUGCCACCAGCUGGUGCUGCGGCAGAUCCUGGAGGAGUACUGCGAGAGCAAUGCAAUGGGCUAUGUCAGUUCGUAUGUGCGGGUGGGGCGCAAUGGUGGCCGCGUACUGCAGGGCCAGCUGCGGGUGGUGCUGCAGCUGGUGAGGGACAAGAAGGGCGGCAGGGCUGCAAAGGCUGCAAAGGCUGCAAAGGCCCCGAAGACCGCAAAGGUGCCCAAGGCGACUGGGCCAAGCAGGACUUCGAUGUCCACGUGGCUCGAGGCACCAGCACAGCCGCUCAAAAGCCGUGGGCGACACGGGCGGGAGCAGAGCAGUAUGGCAAGCAGCGACGAUGGCGGCGAUGAUUUUGCAGGCCCGGGCAGAGCAAUGCCGAACGUGACGGUGUUCACCAACAACACAUCCAAGCAUUUCCGGAGCGCAACCAAUGCGGGCGCCCCAAGUAGCUCAUCAAUUAAGCCUAUGUCGUUCCGGCGGCAGUAGCAAAAAAAAAAA